CACCCACCUACCGCCAUGGCAGACCAAGCAAACUCAGCGACACCUCCGAGUCGCGCUAACGCGCCUAUGUAUGCAGACUCGGACGCAAAAGCCACAGAGCUCAAGACGCUCGUCGAAAAUGGGUACAACACCAUCGCAGAGAAAUACAACACAUGGUCCUCCCCGCGCCCAACCACAACGCGCAUGGCCUACAUCGACAAGCUCCUCGGCCUCCUCCUCCCGUCCGACCAACCGUCCCCUUCCUCCAAACCCAAGCUCCUCGAGCUCGGGUGCGGCGCGGGCAUUCCCUGCGCCAAAAAGUUCGUCGACGCCGGGCUGGACUACACCGGCGCGGACAUCUCCGACGGGCUGCUCGACCUCGCGCGCAAACAAGUGCCAGGCGCGACAUUCGUCCACUCGGACAUGAUGGCGCUCGACUUCGCGCCGGGUUCGCUCGAUGCCGUCGUCGCGUUCUACUCGCUCUUCCACCUCCCGGCGGAGGAGCAGGGUCUGAUGAUCACCAAGAUCCACGGGUGGCUCAAGGCCGGCGGAUACCUGUUGUUCAACACGGGUGGACGGGCGGAGACGAGGCAGGUGGAUAACUGGAUGGGCGCGCCCAUGUUUUCGACGCAUUUGGGUUAUGAGGGGAAUCGAAAGAUGAUGCAGGAAAGCGGAAAAGGGUUUAAGAUUAUCGAUGACGAAGAGGCGUUAGAGCAGGUAGCGAGGUUGGAGACCUUCCCCAAAGAACCCUUUCAUUGGAUCUUUGCUCAGAAAGAGUAACACGAGUUAGAUUAAUGGACUAUCAAUAUAUACCACAUGUAAGACCAGAAUUGACGAUGUAUAAUGUACAAUGAAUGGUUCCGGUAGAAAGGGCGAGAAAUAAUGAAAUAGAAACACCUACGAGGAUAGACCAGCUCUAAGCGACGUAUAGAAAGAACAAAGAAAUGAAGCCUCGCGAGAAAAUAGUAUACACAAAGGAGAUGCAAUUCUUGUCUCCUGUGAUCUUCGCAAUCAAACAAGAUAAAGGCGCCGGUUAAAGGUCUCUCAGGAGCGCGUCUUCGAUUUAAUCAGAUUUGCGACUAGGCAUGGACAUGGCUGGGUGAGGCGCAAGUUGCGAGGUGAUCGGGUAAGACACAGCGUCGAUCAUAUCUUGACUUCUGCGACGAGGCAGGCGCUCUUUCGUAUCGUUGGGGAAAGGAAAUGCGUCUUGGCUUGCUCCCCGCUCCCUGCCGUUGACCUCGAGAUACGGUGAGAUAAAGGAUCGCGGCAGGGUACGCGAGCAAUCUUUAUUCAUCCAACGGCCUGGAGAUACGGAUCUCCUAUCUAUCGAGGGUGCACGACCCAGAUGGCGAUCCGUGAGAGUCAUCGUCGAGCCUACACUGGGGAAAGCAAGAUCGGCAAGCUCGUGACCACGUUCGCGCUCUUCGCUGAAGCUGGUGCGCUGGCUGGAAUUCGACGACAAGGAGUCGAGUGAGAGACGCGGGGGAAGGGCCGAUAGAAUCGCGUCUCCAGCUGCGAGGAUGGAUGAGAGCGGCGUCCCGGAUGUAGACGUGUUAUUAUUAGGGUGAUGCGAUGAGCCAAAGAUAGAUCCGUUCUGUGGUUGCGUGAGGUCGUGAGAGGAAGCGUUCUGGGAGGCGGUAGUAGAGGAGGUCAGCUUGGGUAUCGGUGUGCUGUCCUUGGGAAUGUAGAGGCGAGUGCGUAAGUGGAUGGGAUCGGAUGGCCAGAGGUGGUUGGCGCGUCGCAAUGCGGCGAUUGGGACGUUGUAGCGCAGUGCUACGCCAGCUAGGGAGUCACUUGGGACCGUAUGCACAAGUAAACCAUCGCUGGUCUCGGACUCGUUUGCCUCGUUCUCCACGACAUCAUCCGUGCCUAGUUCCGACGAAUCCGAACUGGCCUCAUAUCCAUUAACAUAAGACCACGAGAAGCUAAGCUUCGUAGCUUCUUCAUGGUCCUUGGCCGGAGUUGUGGGCCGAUUGGACUGCAGGGGGGAUACAGCGAGCGGGUGCGGCUUGGGUGGUGGAACAUGGACGGUGAGGCCCUGCUCUGGCUUGUCGUAGACGAUGCCGGGAAAGUCUGAGUCCUCUCCACGUUCUAUGGGAGAGGAGAAGUGUCCGCCGUCGAGGUCGGCGAAAGGGUUGGCGGUCUCGAGGUCAUC